CUCGCCAGGGAGUUGGAGGGCGCGGAGGCCUCGCACGCGCGGCUCUGCGCCGAGAUGGACUCGGUCUCCGCGGGCACGCGGGCGGCAAGCGAGCAGGCCCGCGAGUUCGAGCGGCGGGCCCGCGACGCCGCGGCGCGGGAGGAGGAGCUGGGGGCCGAGGAGGGGCGCCAGCGCGAGGAGCGCGCCGCCGUGGGCGCGGGCCUCGCGCGCGCGGGGCGCCGGGUCGAGGCCGCGGAGGGAUGCCUGGACGAGGCUGGCGUGCCCGCAGGUGGCCAUGCGCUGGCAGCCGUGCACCUCCCUCGCUGGCAGGCUCCUGACGAGGAGCGCUGCAGGUGCCACGGCGUGGAGGGCCUUUGCCGCGAGCAGGCCCAGCAGAACGCCCUCCUCAAGGAGGAGCUGGCCGCGCUGGGCGCCGAGCUGGAGAGCGCCCGCCGAGGCUGCGCGCACCGGCAGGGCGCGCUCCAGGAGGCCCAGGCCGAGCAGCGCCGGGCGCUCGAAGCGCUGCGGGCGGGGCGGCAGCAGCUGCAGACGGAGCGCGAGGACGCCGAGCGCGGCGAGGCGCGCCUUGGGCGCCUGCGGGCCGAGCUGGUGGCCGCCGACGGGUGGCGCAGGGGCGCGGAGGCCGACGCAGCCGCGGUACAGGCGCAGGUCAGGGAACUCGAGGACCGCUGCGCCGCCCAGCGCGGCUGGCAAGAGGAGCUGCUGCAGAGGCAGGGGUCCACCGAGGCGGCCCUGGAGAGGCUGCGGAAGGAGCUCAGGGGGCUCGGCCUAGACCGGGGCAGGCUGCAGAAGGAGCUUGACGACGUGGUGCGCGACCGGACGCGUCUGGAGGUCGAGAUGGAGUCGGCGGUGCCCGGCCUCUCGGAGCGUUGGCGCCGGUGCCGGGCGCUCGAGGACCGCCUGGCCGCCAGGGCCCUCGAGCUCGACGCGGAGGCAGAGAAGACCCGCCGCUGCCGCGCCGAGCAGAGGGCCGCCCAGGCGCGCCUCUCGGCGCUGGAGCUGCGCGCGGGCCGCCCGCCAGCGGAGGCCUUGCCCGAACCCGCGCUUGAGAGGCCCGGGAGGCACUCCCCUGGCCGCUCGUGGAGCCCGCCGCCGCUCGGGAGGAACCCGAGCUGCCCGGAGGGGAGGUCGUCCAGGCCGCCCUCGAGGGCCUCCUCGCCCGCGCCCGCCGCGGGCCUGGAGCCCCCCCCCCCGGCCCCGCCGCCGUGCGCCGCGCGGCGGCGGCCGUGGUCGCCCUCGC